AUGCUGGUGUUGCUGGUAGCGGUGUGUGUGGCCCUGCCAACGGUGUCAGGAUGGACAACCCCUCAUUAUGGCCGGACAACCCCAAAUCCCGGAGACUUGCGACCAUGUGGCGACUUCCCCUGGAACACCGAUGACGUCACCGUGGACUGUGACUACACCUACAGCCAUAACGGCUAUUACUCAAGAUUGCGAGGCCGCUGCACCGUGACCUGCCUCGGGGAUGCCGACAUGUUGGUGGGACCUCCCUACGUGAGCGACGGAGCUUACUACUGCAACACGGACAACAGUACAUGGUUAGGAUCAGAACCCGUGUGCAUGGGUCAUUACGACAACGCUACCGUCGUCACACACGAUAGCAACAAGGUCCGGCUGGUGGGGGGAGAGUUCUACGGCUGCCGUUACAACAGCUCCAUCAUCGUCACGUACGAGUCCACUGGGACCCGGCUAGUAGGGGGAGAGUUCUACGGCUGUGUGGAGCUGUACGAUGACGUCACGCAGCAGUGGGGGCCUGUCAGGGGGUGGGACGUUUCGGCGGUGGGGUCUCAUCACUAUGACAGGAUGUUCUGGGCCGACUUGGCAUGCAGAAACAUGGGCUUUAGGGGAGGACUCGCCACGUGGGCCUACUUGUUAACAAACGGAGUCAGUAGUUCAUGGGGUGUACACUUACAAGAGCAGUACCACCCAUCCUACCCCUCCACCGUCCCCAAGUUCAUAGUGUCCCGGUCCCUGCCCCAGGGGGAGGGGGCGACUCUGCAUGACGCCAUAAAACGGGUGGUGCGGGGGCCCUGUCCGUACAAUGACUAUGACUGCAAGAGGGACAACCAAACCAUGUGUCUGGCCUGCGCAGGAGAACGCCCCACACCCUGUGGCCACUUCCCACACGCGUGGGACACUGAUGACGUCACCGUGGACUGUGACUACAGCUACACUGACGUCACACAGCAGCAACAACAACCCGGUGGGUACUGGUGGACCACAGAGGCUCCCUGGUGGAUGACGAAAGAACCACCUACGGAACCGGCCCCAGUGGCCGUGCUGAAGGGCCGGUGCGCUGUCAGCUGUCCCCGGCAGGCCGACAUGCUGGUGGGCCCACCGGGUUCUGAAGAUGACUCCGGGCGCGACGGAGCCUACUACUGCCACGCGGACAACGGGACGUGGAUGGGAGCACAACCCGUGUGUCUGGCUCGUUACAACAGCUCCAUCGUCAUCACGGACGAGUCCACUCGGACCCGGCUGGUGGGGGGAGAGUUCUACGGUUGCGUGGAGCUGUACGAUGACGUCAGGCAGCAGUGGGGGCCCGUCAGGGGGUGGGACGUUCGGUCCAACCGGGGAACUCACUACGACAACAGGAUGUCCUGGGCAGACUUAGCCUGUAAAAGCUUGGGUUUCAGGGCGGGGCUGGCCACAGCUGGAUUCAGGUUGACCAAUGGAGUCGUCAGUGUAACCACUCCUUACUCCCUCCAAGACCGGUACAACCCGUAUUAUUACGAUAGUGUCCCCAAGUUCAUGUUGUCUCAGUCCCUUCCUCAAGGGGAAUGGGCGACUCUGCAUGACGCCAUUGACCGCGUUGAAUCGGGAGACUGUUACUCGUGGAGUGGCUAUAACACCUGCUUGUACGACAGCGACUUCAUGUGUGUGGCCUGUGCGGGAGAACGGAAACAGGGCAUUUCUGUCCACGUGACCUGCACGUCCAAUCACAUUGAGGCUAGUUUCCCGCGCCCAUCGGACAACUCCGUUCAGGCGGCGGACGUGCAGCUAGCAGCGCCGCCAUGCAGGGCGGAGGGGAACUCCACCCACAUCUACAUCCGGGCUCCUCUGGGGGAAUGUGGCACUUCCAGUGAGACCACGCCGUCCGAGAUGAUCUACCGCAACACCCUGACUAUCGGAGCCGACCCCUCCCACGGUGGCAUCACCUGGGACCGGAUUCCCAAGAUCCUGCUGGAGUGUCGUCUGCCCCGGAACAAGAACCUGACCUUUGACUUCCACCCUCACCUCAUGUCCGUCUUCAGGUCAGAUGUCCAGGGCGAAGGCGACUUUGAGAUCUCCAUAGAGCUGUUCCGGACUGACAGCUUCCGGCAGCCGGUCACGGAGUAUCCGGUCUUUGUGGAGCUACGACAGAUGAUCCACGUGCAGAUCCAGGUGAACUCCAAUGACACCGACCUGCAGGUGUUCCCUCACACCUGUGUGGCCACGCCUAGCGACGACCCUGACGACAAGACACAGAAUGACGUCAUUAUCGACGGGUGCCCCAAGCUGCCUACGCUGCAGUUCUACCCAUCGCCGGGUCCGGAUAGGGGGCGCUUCGGCUUCCAGGCGUUUGCCUACACCAGCGGGGCUCCUACGGUGUACCUACACUGUAAGGUGCUGCUGUGUAAGGCCUCGGACCCGAACUCCCGCUGCGCGCGGGGCUGCCAGCCGCCCUCGGGCAGGAGACGGAGGGAGGCCGAGGGCGAACCCGAGGUGUACCGGCUCAUCCAGGGCCCCAUCGUGCUCAGUGAGGACCAAAGAAGUGAGGACCAAACUGGUUUCCGGGCCCAAGUCCCAACCCGGACCUCGAGUCGUCAGGACCUGGUCACAGCCGCCUCCAUCCUGGGCGCAUGCGCGGUGCUGGCCGCCGCCAUGUUUGUUGUGGGUCUCCUGUACAAGGCACGCCGGGAAGGCAGGCAGGCUGGGUACAGGGUGCUGGAGAAUGUGGAAUAAAGCGCCAUCUAGCUUUUCACGUGAAAACUACAACAUUGCUAGCAUAUGUUACAAUUAAAUCCGCUGCAGAUCAUAAUAACAUGCUUUUUAACUGUAUCAUUUGAUUGAAGGUAUCAAUGUUAUAGUUCACAUUCUCACCACCUACGUCAUAGUCCUCACAUUUUGAAGACGCUCGAACAAGUUAGAUAGGAAAUCAAU